AUGAGAUCAAAUGUAGCUUUGAGAUUAAGAAAAUCAGUAGAAAAAGAAAAGUAUGAUUCGACUUAAAAAUUCUCAUUGCACGCAUUUAGUAUACAUUAACCACCAAGUCCCAAGAGAAAGGCUUAUUAAACUCCAAUAAGAGGAAAAUAUUAAAUACUUUAAAAAAAGAAACUAGUCAAUAAUUAAACAUUGAAUGACAAGACUCAACUUUUACAGAAAAUUGAGUACUUUAAUUCAGUGAAUCUCACGCUAGAAAAUUAAUAAAUCAAAGACUAAGAUAAAAGUAUACAAUAUAGAAGGAAUUACCGUUAAUAAUCAGAGGACAAGAUACUCGUAUAUGAUAUAUUCAAAGAGGUUGGGUACUCUUACAAAUUAUAUGUCUGAGGAAUAUUCAAAGCCUGGCGAUUAAAAAGAAAGACAGAACAAAAAAUCAUCUCUUCCAAUUUUGAAAAAAAGAUCUUCUCCAUCACCUUAAUGUUAAGAUUCUCAAACCAUUCCACCGAUGCCAACAAUAGCAGAAUUAAAUUACGCAAAAAAAGCCUCAAGUAAUUGAUGAUAUUAAUAUUAGAUGAAUUAAAUAAAGUUUAAUCUAAAGAAAUAAAAGAAGUCUCUGAAUCAACAGAAAGAAUACUUGAUUUAUUAUUGCUUAAUACUUGUGAUCUCAAAAAAGUAUUCCAAUAAUAAAAAUAGAAAAAAAGAAAAAUAAUUGUUUAAGGAAGAGUUCCUUCGGAUUUCUUCAACAUAUUGAAAUAAUUAUGA